UACUUUUUAAUUGGCUCCUUCAUUUUCGCUAAAUUGAUUUAUCAACUUUUAAUACCUUUUAAGACCCCCCGGGGACACCCUGUAAGAUCUGGUAGGAUGUACAUAUAUACAGAUAUGUGAGCAGGAUAGAUAUGUUAAAUAUAUAUAUACAUAUUAAAAACCCAUAUCGUAUUUUUCCAAGAGUAGACCGGAGUAGACGUGAUAUAUGUUAAGAGUAGUUGGCUUUUCAAAGUAGUUCACAAACAAACAAAAACACGAAUAUUCUAGAAAUAAUGUUAAAGUAAAAGCUAGUAUAACAAAUAAGGAAGAUAAUGUUUAUUGAAAAUGUAUUCUAGAUGUAUGAAAAACGAAAAACGUGCGCAGUAAAUCUACAUGUAUGCGUUUGAUGCUUUUAUUUUGAAGGCAGCGAGAAAGUGAGCUCGUCCAAUCAGAGGCGAGAGAUCCAGGAAGGAAGUAGUGUUGUGCAUUAACAUGAAAAUAACUUCCUUAUAUUUCACUACAUGUGUUUCCUCCACAAAUAACCGUUUUCUUACACUGCAACGCGAAAACUAUCGCAGAGGAAGAAGAUUUAAAGAUGGGUUACAUGAUGGUAGAAGAGCACAGCGCCACGCUGCUCCACCUGAAGAGAUCUCCAGGCCUGCGCUCCUGGUCUCUGCUCGUUGGUAUAGCAUCUGUUGGGUUGGCGGCUGCAUACUACAGCUCAGACAGCAUGUUGUGGAAGCUCUUCUACGUGACGGGCUGUCUGUUUGUGGCCAUGCAGAACAUGGAGGAGUGGGAGGAGGCCGUGUUCGACAAAACCAAAAACCUGAUCGAGCUCAAGACCUUCAGUCUGUACGCUUUAGUGCUGACGCUGUGGAGGAAAGGCCACGAGAAAAUUGUGCUGGAUCUGACCCAGCUGUGUGACGUCUGCGUUCAGGAGGAGAAGGUCAGAUAUCUGGGGAAGGGAUACCUGCUGAUGCUGAGGCUGGCUGCAGGGUUCUCCUACCCCCUCACCCAGAGCGCCAUGCUGGGGGGGCGCAGUGAUGUGGAGGCGUUGGCUGCUUUGUUGAAACGUUUCCUGGGUCUGGAGGAGCUGCAGCAGCGCAGGGAGAAAGAGGAGAUGGCUCAGUAUGCAGAAGAGGAGGAAGAGGAGGAUUCUCUGGAUAACAGCAGUGAUUCAGAGGAAGAAGCAGAAAAACUCUGAUCUCUCUGAACGCAUCACAGAGGGUCCAGGUUUACUGAUACUGUUAGCAUGAGCAUGAAACAUCUAGCCUCUUCCAGGUUUUGUUUUUUGAUACGUCAGGUGGGAUAACGGCAGCUUUAGGAGGCUAGAGUAAAAUAUUUAAAUGACAUUUUUCAUGUGACUGGGACGGCAACACUAUCAAAUUGAAGUACACUAUGCCAUUUUUUGUAUGGUGUCAUAGCUGAUCAUGGAAGUUCAUUGUUGCAAUCAGAUUCUCCUGGUUAGGAUUAUUUCGUUUUUCAUCGUUCAGGAGGUUUUUAACAGAAGCCAAAUUAUCCACAGAGGUCUCCUUACAAAAAAGCACUCCUCUUGUUAAAAACUGAUGAAAACUCCUGAAUAAAUCAAGUUCCUCGUUAAAAAUCACUGUUUCCUUGGUAGACACUGGGCAGAAGCUACUGCUAAUGUCUGCUCUGCUUGUUUAUCCGAUCAUUUAAAAUCCAGAUGUUUGAUCAAUAAAGUAUUAAGGACGAUUUUAAUUGAAGCCGAACAAUCCACUGAGGUCUUCUCCUCUCCAAAACAAACACAUGUAUUGAGUAACACCCCUUCAUACACUGAAUAAAUCAGUUUUACGUUAAAAUCAGUGUUUCUCCAACACUGUUUGGAUGGUAGCAAUAGCAUCCAAACAGAUUACAUACAGAUUAAAAGGAACAUUUGACCUGCAGCAGAAUUAUCUACAGAGGUGUCCUCUUCUUUGAAACAAACAUUAAUUCAUUAAAACCGAUAAAUACACUGAAUAAAGCAGUUUUACUUUUAAAAACCAGUGUUUCUCCAAUGCUAUUUGGAUGCUAGCUUAAGGCUAACGUUAGCUCAGCUUGUUUCUUUGGUAAUUUAAGGUCCAGAUGUCCGAUUACUAAAUUAUUUCAUCAGGUUAAAGAGGUAAAAAACAUCCUACUGAAUAUACCAAAAGUGUAUGCUAAAAAUAUGGCUUAAAAUUGUAUAAAAAGUCAAUUUAUGACAGCUUCUGGAAAACGCUGACUCAUGCUAAAUCCUAACGUUUGCUCAGCUUGUUUCUUUGGUAAUUUAAGGUCCAGGUGUCUGUUUACUAAAAUAUAUUUCACCUGGUUAAAAAAUAGAGUUAAAACCCAUCAAUAUACAAAAUGUAUGCUGAAAAUGUGACUUAAAACUAUAAAAAGUCAAUUCAUGACAGCUUCUGGUAGACAACGCUGACUCAUGCUAAUGUGACGCCUUAACAGGAGAAAUGACACAUUUCCCUGAAUAUACACAUCUCAAAUAAAUAUAUAACAUAGGUCUUGUUUUAAGAAAUGUAAUGUGGAAAUGUUACAUAUUAGACCCUUUUUUAAAUGUGUUGUCAUCCAUAGUUGUGUCAAACCUUCGAACAAUUUUACGAAAUAUGUAAAAACGUUCUUUCUCAGUAAAUGAAGAUAACUUAGCUUUUUGAUCUAAUUACUGUUUGGGAAUACACUCCAGAUUAACUGUGCCUUCCUACUGAACUCUAAUGAGUGUUUAUGGGUGUGAAUGAAAAGUGCUUUGUCUCAAGAGUGUUGUGGGACCACCCAGGUAAUAAUCACCUUUAGCAUGUUGAGAUGAACGUAUAGCAAACUGUAAUCAAGCAGGAGUGAUUUUCAUGGCUCAAUUCAGUGUUAAGUGAAAUGCUUUGACUUAUGGUAGUUUUUCUGUUCUUUUUUUAAUACCAAAGACUGAAUCUCAGGCAAACUAUACCCGUUGUUUCUGUAGGCUAUUGUGUAUAAAAUGGUGUCUGUAGUUCUUAAUAACUUCUUAAUGUCGAAUUGUUAAAUUUCGACCUUUUUCCCCCAGACUUUACCGUUACUUUAGAUUAAUGCCAGUGUCUUCUGUUCUCUUAGAAAGAAAAUGAGAAUUGUGAUUGUUGAUUUAUUAGUCUUUGUUUAUUUUGAUGUUUUGGAAGGAAUUAUAUAAAAAUGAUUUUAUAACUAAA